AUGAAAAUUUAUGAAGAUAUCAGCUCACUUUUAUGGCCCUUAAGAAAAAUUGUGAAGAAAAGGGCGCUCAUAAAGGGUACGACGUUGUUCGCCUUUAGAGCUUUACUAGCUGCUUCUGAGGGUAUUAAAAACAUUCAAAAUGUUUUAGAAGAUUUCAAUUCAAAUUCACGUACAUGUAUGGAUGAUGAAGAAACUAAAUAA